AUGAAAGCCAUACAAGUGACCAAAUACAUCAACUCCUAUUCCGAACUGCAUGUCGCAGAGAUCCCGUCUCCGAUACCGCGGCAAGACCAAAUCCUCGUCACCGUCACACACAGCGCUCUUAACCAUGUCGAUCUCCUCUAUGCCCGCGGCGUGCAUCAGAACAACCAUAUCGGGCUCGUCAAGCCGCCAUUCGUCCUGGGCCUAGAGUUCGUGGGGAUCGUGGCAUCGGCGCCCACGACCUCGGGCUUCAAAGCCGGCGAUCACGUCUGGGGAUCCAGCGUCGGCGGGUUCGCGGAGCAGAUUGCCGUUCCUGCCGCCACGGUACAGAAAGUGCCGACAGGCUGGACACUGCAUGAUGCUGCGGGACUAGGCGCCGCGACGGCGCCCGUGAGUUAUGGGGCCUUGGUGCGAAUGGCGAACAUCACAGCGGGCCAGACGGUGUUGAUCCACGCGGCGGCUGGUGGAUUAGGUGUAGUUGCCGUGCAGAUUGCGCAUGCGCUGGGUGCCAAAGUCGUUGGAACGGUGGGGAGCGAGGAGAAGGCCGAGGUGGUGAGAAAAUUGGACGGUGUGAUCGGGGUGGUGCGCUACGACCAGGAGGCGUGGGAGAAGGAGGUCCUCAAGCUGACAGACAAUGUUGGCGUGGAUUCGGUAUAUGAUACCGUGGGACUGGUGGCGAAGAGUAUCAGGUGCCUCAAGUUCGGUGGGAAUAUUGUGAUUGCUGGUUUCGCGGGAUUGGGAGGGAAAAUGGAGACGUUGGCCAUGAAUCGGGUCUUGUUAAAAGGGGUCAAGUUGCUCGGAUACAGAUUCGGUGAAACAGGACGACGAAAUCCGAAAGAAAACGAGGAGGUGUGGAGAGGAUUGAAUGAAAUGCUUGAAACAGGAAAGAUCAAACCGGUGAUUUACCACACGUAUUCGGGCUUAGAAAGUGUUCCUGGAGCGAUGGAUGUUCUGGUCUCGAGAAAGGUAUGGGGAAAGGCCGUCGUUGAGAUACGACCACAGGCUUCAAGUUCCUCGCCGAAGGAGUCUAAGCUGUGA